GAGGAGGGUUUUUUCUUUCCCCUCCCGGCGUGCUUUGCGCGGCGGAGGCGCUGACGUCACCGCCGCCCGCUCCUCUUGGCCGCCAUUGGAGCUCGGGAAGCCUCCUCGAGCUGGAAAAAAACACAACAGUCUGUAGCGUUUUUGUCUCCGUUUCCAAACAGGGAGAAAUUUAAAAAGGAAGCGGCGGAAAAAAAAGGAUUAUAAUCCCACAAAACGGGAAAAAACGUUUUCCCCUCCUUUUUCCUUCGCUUGGUGAGGCGAGCGAUGUGAGAGAAGGAAAGAGAACUACUGCGCCCGCGCAAGACGAGCCACCCACUGCGCGUGCGCGAGGCCCUUUCCCUCUUCCUCCCCCCCCCUUCCCCCUCUUGACCCGAGAGCCCCCUUCUUUACAGUCUCCUCUGCGCAUGCGCCAAUCCGUAACUCUCUCCCCUCUGCUUUACUUGGUUCCUUCCUUCCUUUUACCUCCAGACACUCUCCCUCCUUUUGGGAGAAACCAAAGACAGGAGGGGGGAGCCCACCCUCAAAGCCACCCACCCAGGAGCCCUCCCACCUCUCGCUUCUCCACCUCCCUCCUUGGCCUCGCCCCCUUUUCCACCCCCCUCCCCCCUUUCCUCCUCCUCCUCCUCCCUUCUGCCCCCCAUUUUAGGGCGCAUGAGAGAUGUCUGCCACCAGCGUUGACCCCCAGAGACCGAAAGGACAGGAUAAUAAAGUGCAAAAUGGUUCUCUUCAUCAGAAGGAUACUGUUCAUGACAAUGAUUUUGAGCCUUACCUUUCUGGACAGUCAAAUCAGAAUAACAGCUAUCCAUCAAUGACAGAUCCCUACCUGUCCAGUUAUUACCCACAUUCUAUUAGCUUUCCCUACUCUCUCAGUGAAGCACCAUGGUCAACUGGAGGUGACCCUCCUAUCCCAUACCUCACUACCUAUGGACAGCUCAGUAACGGUGAUCAUCAUUUCAUGCAUGAUGCUGUUUUUGGACAACCUGGUGGACUGGGGAACAACAUUUACCCACACAGAUUUAAUUUUUUCCCUGAAAAUCCACCUUUCUCAGCAUGGGGAACAAGUGGGUCUCAGGGACAGCAGACUCAAAACUCAGCUUAUGGAAGCAGCUACAGUUAUCCACCCAGCUCCUUGGGUGGUACCAUUGUGGAUGGCCAAACAGGAUUUCAUAACGAUACAUUAAAUAAAGCUCCUGGGAUGAAUAGCAUUGAACAGGGAAUGGUUGGACUGAAGAUUGGUGGAGAUGUCACAGCAUCUGCUGUGAAAACAGUAGGUUCAGUGGUGAACAGUGCUGGGAUGACAGGUGCUUUGUCUGGCAAUGGUGGAUCAAGUAUAAACUUGCCAGUAUCUAAGCCAACCUCUUGGGCUGCUAUUGCCAGCAAACCUGCAAAACCCCAGCCCAAGAUGAAAGCAAAAAGUGGGCCUGUAGUUGGAGGGGCUUUGCCUCCACCACCUAUUAAACAUAACAUGGACAUAGGUACUUGGGACAAUAAAGGUCCUGUGACCAAAGUCCCAACUCCCCAGCAAAUUCCUUCUCCUCAAUCAGUUCCACAACCACAAAUUAUUCAGCCUAUUCCCGCACAGCCACCUCCAUUGACCCAACUGCCAUACCAGAACCCUCAGCCACCUCCGCCUCAAAACCGGUGGGUGGCACCACGUAACAGAAACGCAGCUUUUGGCCAAAGUGGCGGAACUGGUAAUGAGAGCAAUUCACCUGGCAGUGCCCCACCUAAUUCUGUCUCAGGUGGUGAAUCCCAUCCUGUUCUUGAAAAACUGAAAGCUGCCCACAGUUAUAACCCUAAGGAUUUUGAGUGGAACCUUAAAAAUGGACGUGUGUUCAUAAUAAAGAGCUAUUCUGAGGAUGAUAUACAUCGUUCUAUCAAAUACUCCAUUUGGUGUAGUACAGAACAUGGUAACAAGCGUUUGGACAGUGCUUUCCGCUCAAUGAAUAGUAAAGGUCCAGUCUACUUACUCUUCAGUGUCAAUGGGAGUGGACACUUCUGUGGAGUUGCAGAAAUGAAAUCAUCAGUGGACUAUGGCACCAGUGCUGGUGUCUGGUCUCAGGACAAAUGGAAGGGGAAAUUUGACGUUAAGUGGAUCUUUGUGAAAGAUGUGCCCAACAACCAGCUCCGACACAUCAGGCUGGAGAACAAUGACAACAAACCAGUUACAAACUCCCGUGACACUCAGGAGGUGCCCUUAGAAAAAGCAAAACAAGUGCUUAAAAUUAUUGCUACGUACAAGCACACAACCUCCAUCUUCGAUGACUUUUCUCAUUACGAAAAACGCCAGGAGGAAGAAGAGGUGGUGCGGAAGAAUGAAGAGAUCUUUCACCACCACCCCCAUACACGUGACUACUAGAACGUCAGAAUCGAAACAAACAAUAAGAAUAAACAUAUAUAUGGUUUGCUAUAAAUAUAUAUAUACUAGAACUGAUAUUAAAUUUGAUUAUGAAAAACUGAAUCUUUUUAAAAGUGCUCUGGUGCUAUAUUCUGGCAUCAAGAGACUGUAAAGCUUUUAGCUCCAAUAUCUUUUUGUGCAGGGGAAAUUCUUGCAUCUUUUUAAGUACACUGUAGUGUGUUCUUGGUUUGGUUUUGUUUGGGUUUUUUUCUGCGCCCAGGUGAAUAUGCAUUAAGUUGUAUCUUUUCUAUGUAAAAUGCUGUAGAAUCCAUUAAUAAAUAUGUUCCCUGUUUUUUUUAUAGUAUUUGGUUAAACAUGUUCCUCUAGAAUUAAAUAUUCUGAAAACAUUAGUAUUUCCCAAAGACUAUUAACUUCAGCACAAAUUAUGUUUCUAAUCUGAAAAUUGACCAUAAUUUUAUAUUUAUGUACUAUAGAUCCUCUUGUCUCACCGUCCCCACAAUUGUCUUGAUUCUUCAUGGCAAGCAUAAAAUACACUUUUGUCUGAAUUUCUUUUGGUCAUCUUAAGCUUGCUUCAAGAAAUGACCUGUGUCAGAAACAUUAACCUUAAUUCAGCAUAUUCAGAUCACUUUGUAUAGUUCGCUUUUUUAAUCUGACCUUUUUAUUAUUUUUCAGAAAUAUUUAAAUUACACUUUUCUGUCUUGUAGCAAGAAAGCUAAGAAAGGUAUAAUUCACAAGGAUAGCUUUGCAUGCAAGCAAUACACUUGAAAAUCACACAAAGGCAUUUGUGCAUUUGCCUCAUUUAGAAGCAUUUUCAGUGUAACUUGCAUGAGAAACAUUCCUAGUGGAUUGUGCCUUACAGGCUAAAACUAAAUUUUCUUUAAUACUUGGCAAACCAGUGCUCUUUAAUAAGAAGAUGCUGUGUAUUGCAUCCUGUAACAAAAGAAGGUUAGAUGGUUAGAAAUUUUCUGUCAGCUGUCAAUUUUUUUGCAGGGUAGCUUUUAAUGAUUGGAAUAAUGUUUUGACAUUGUAGGGGAUUGGGGCAAUGUGGUUUCUUAAAGACUUUCUCUGUUUUCUAAUACCCAUUAAAUACAUUGUUUUUCUCUGUUCCCUUUUUUUUUCUUACCCACCCUCUUAAAAUGCCACUUAAAAUUUUAUACUGAUAAUGGUGAGCUUUAAUAUAGAAUCUUAGUACAGACUCAUGAUGGAUUAUGCUUCAGAUGUUUAAAAUUGACAGUAUGUGUGUGUCUAUAUAUAUUUUUUUCCUGUCGGAUGAGUAAAAACAACUGUUCUAAGAAAUGGAAUUUGCUGUCAUGUUUUUGUGGAAUGGGAGCUGUCGAAGAAUUGGCCACCAACCGGAGUUUCAAAAUUUAGCAUGAAUUCUUGGUGCUCAUGCCUGUUGCUCUAGCACACUGAAUCUGCACGUGUUUAUGGUAGAGGAUCUUUUACUUAUAUUAGAAAGCAAAUAUCUUCUGAAAACUAUUUACUCAAGAGGACCUCCAACUUAAAUGAAAGUUUAAGCUGUAUCAUUUAGACUUGUAUUUAGAAAAUAUAGCUUUGUCUCUGGACUGUUACUUCUGAUGUAAGGAGUAAUGGGACAGCAUCAGAUUAACUUUUUCCUCUAGGAGAAUACAAGCCUUAAUAAAUAAUACCUACUUAGCAA